AAUGCUAAACUGACUGAGCCACCCAGGCACCCCCCACAGCAGUUAGCUUUUCAGUUUCAAAACAACAAAUACCAUUUCAUCUCUUGGGAUGCUUCACAGCAAACUUGACUUGGAAAUCUUUCACCUGUAAGCUGUCUUAAGUCAUGUUCCCAGGAGGUGGAUGGUAGUAAUCAAGUUUCUUUUCCUUUAUGGUUCAAAGGAUGGACCCUGCAAAUACAGGCCUGAGCAUUCUAUUGCCAAUAUCACUGCCUUUAAGACCAUCCCUAGGCGGGAGGAGGCCCUCCUUGCUGAACUGAACAAGAUGGGAUCCAUCUCUGCUGCUAUAGAUGCCAGCCUGGAUUCCUUCCGCUUCUAUGCAGGAGGCAUUUAUUAUGAUCCAAAGUGCAGCAGUGAAGACCUGAAUCACGGUGUUCUGAUAAUUGACCAUGGCAUUGAGGGAAAAGAAUCAGAGAACCAAAAAUAUUGGGUUGUCAAGAACAGCUGGGGCAGUGACUGGGGCACGGAUGGCUACAUAAAAAUGGCCAGAGACCGGAACAACAACUGUGGAAUUGCCUCCAUGGCCAGCUUUCCUAUCGUGUGAGAUGGUGGUGAGGAAGAAGGCCUUGACUGGCAACAGAAUCUCCAGAAGCUGAAUUCUACUGUAAAGUUGAUCACAUCUUAUUGUGUUGGGUAUGACACUUGAAUCACUGAAGAUCCAA